UAUGUUCCAAAAAAAACAUAGUGCAGAAAAUAUAAAAGUGGGGCAGUAUCCUUUCCCAAUUCAGGCAAACUCCAUUCAUUAGAUUGAAAGGGACAUUUUUAACAAAAAUCAUUUCAAUUUAUCAUUUAAUCAAAAAAAACCCAUUAAAUAGUUAAUCAAAUUAAACAAUCUCACCAAUUCACCAUCAACUACGAAGCUGCAUAAUAACUCCAUUUUCUACUUUUUCUUUCUCAAAUUUAAGGGAAACCCAGUUUUUAAUGGCCAAUUGGGUAUUCAUUUCUGGUCGAUCCAGAUUGAUUCGUGCAUAACUGAAUCUGGGUUCUUCAGUGCUCGUUUGGAUUUCUCUUGAAGUGAUUGGAAACAGUAGUUAAAUAAGCAAGGAAUGGUCUAGUUGAAACGGUUAAAGCGUUGGAAAUAAUACUGUGAUUGUGCUUAUUGAUGAGGAUAAUCUCCUCUUUUGAGUCAUCAGAUAAGGAUUGUGUAGGUCAGAAAUGAGUCGAUCCCCUUCAUUUUCUGUUAAGUCGGAGCUUGAUUUGAAACUUGAUCCGGAAUAUUUGCAGCAAUGGGUGGUUGCUUUCUGUACCAUUAGAUUUGAUUUAGAGCAAGGCCAGCUCAUUGAAGAGUGUUUUCCACCUGGGAUUCUUAGUAAUGAAGAGGAACUUGAUGUUGCUUUUAGUUCAUUUCCAGAUUCUGUUUCCCAGCACCAGAACCGAUCAAGCAUCCACGAUUGUAUAUUCUUCUUCCGCAUUCGGAGACGGAAGGGUUCUGAAGAAAACAAUGUGGCUGCAUCUGAAAUAACAGAAGAUAAUGAUAAAGAAGCAUCUUCAAAGCCCUUAGAAAAGAAGGUUACUCAAAGAUCAACGACAAGAAAAAAUGACAACAGUUUGAAAUACUUAUAUGGUUAUGUAUUCAAUAGACAAAGACAUGAUGAGAGGCUAAAGCGCGGCGGGGAACAAAAAUCUGUGGUGAUAUUAUCUCAUAGUCCAUUUUCAAGUGUAUUUCGUCCUUUGUUACAAAUCUUGGGUCCUUUAUAUUUCGACAUAGGGAAGAAGGCUCUUGAACAUAUCGCUGCUUAUGUUUCAAUGUGGCCUGUUCCUGUGCCUGGUAAGCUAAUGGAGCUUCCUAUAGGGAAUGCCACGCUUAAAGUUAACUUACCCCCUGCUCAUAGCUUGCCCUUGGAAAAUGGAAUGUUUGAAGAGUCUGCUUCCUCUAUAGCUCCCUUUCUUCCUACAAAUCAGUCAAUCCCACAGGGCCUUUUUCAUGAUUCAGAUAUUUUUGGUACAUUCAGGGGGAUUUUAAUGCAACUUUGGGUGUUAUGGGAGUUGUUGCUUAUUGGUGAGCCUAUUCUUAUCAUAGGACCCACACCUCCCCAGUGCAGUGAGGCAGUUGCAAGUCUUGUAAGUUUGGUUGCGCCACUCUUAUGCAGUACUGAUUUUAGGCCAUAUUUCACCAUCCAUGACCCAGAAUUUGCUUAUUUGAAUUCACUUCAAGAAGGAGAUUCUUUCCCUCCAAUGGUUUUAGGAGUGACAAACUUGUUCUUUCUGAAAUCACUACGUAAGAUGCCCCACAUCGUUUCAGUUGGAAGCCCUUCUCCAAGUUCAAAUCGGCUUCCCUUUUCAAACAGGUCUAUUGGCAGAGCUUCUGGAAGACCAGAAGGGUUGGGACUUCAUCAGCUUUCCUUGAAGAAGUUUUCUCCUUCAAGUUUAUUGAAUGCCGUCAAAUUGAGGAGAGAUGGCCCUCUUUGCCUUAUGACAGAGCAUAAGGAAGCCAUUUGGAGCACUUAUGCUGCAACAACCAAGCCGGACACUUCUAUUUUGAAUAGACUUAUUGAUGUUGGGAUGUCUCCACGGGUUGAGGAGUCAAUGUCAGUUGUUAAUAAUGAAAUAUUGCGACGGCAUUUCUUGGAGCUGACAACAAAUUUCCUAGCUCCUUUUGGCCCAUUUUUUAGAGCAACCACACCUUUGGAAGGAUUUUCUCCAUUCGUUGACCCUCCUCCCCUCUUGUCAUUUAACACAGAUGAAUUCUUGGCAAGCUUAUCAGCAAGAGGUGUAGGGAAGUUCUUAUCAAAGAGGAUGAGAUCUAAUUGGCUCGACUUAUACAAGCGGUUUCUGAAAGGGCCCAACUUUUUGCCAUGGUUUCGGAGAAGACGCAUGGUGGCCGAACUAGAACAACAUAGACUGUGGAAGCAAGCAAGAACGAAAACUGACAUACACCUGUUCUUAUCCAAAAUGUCUGAACUGGAGGUUGUUGAUUCCUUUAAUGCUAUUGAGAAGCAUCUUAAUGGGGAAAUUCAGCUUCAGCAGUGUGGAAAGGCUAGUGCAGAUUCUGCAGGAACUUGUCGGAAACUGAAGCAAGAUCUCCGGGCAGUGUUCAAUGUUCUCCCCAAAGACAUGCAGCAGCUUCUACUCUUGAACCCGGAAAGAGCAGACCUUCUACAAGGUAGUCCGGAGCCGAUAAAACUUCCAGGCCACCCAUCCUUAAAAAUUGGGAUCCUACGUUCUACUUCACCCAGUUAGUAUGUGAAGUACGACAAUGAACUAGAUGGACAUGAUUGUGCAAUUCUCACAUUGCGGAAGAAUGGCUAGCCACCGACUUGUUCAGGGACAGGACUGGAGAUAAUUUUUCUACUUUGGGUAUGAUACUUCUGCUAGGUGAGACCAACAUAAGUAGGGGUGUGCAAAAACCGAAUCAAACUGAAUAACCAAACUGAAAUGAAAGAUUCAGUUGGGCUCAGUUUGACAUUUUAAAGAAAUCAGGUUUUUUGGUUCAGUUUGGUCUGAAAAGUAAAAAUAUUUAGUUCACUUUUGGUUCAAAUCAAACUGAACCGAGAUGUCAACCAAACUGACUGGUUCAAACUAUUAUAUGGUUUGAAACAUGUUAAAUUCUUGAAAAUUCGGUAAAGUUUUAAGAAAGAAAUUCAAAAUGUCAGUUAAUUCCAAAGGAAGGAAAAGCACAAGAACCAGUUUUUAUGUGAAAUACUGAACAUAUUGUUGUAUUCUUUCAGAUUACUCGGAAUCAAAAAUGGUACAUGCCCUGCUCUAAGAGCACUAGGCUUCUCUCUUUUGCAAUCACAGUCUCCAACAAACAAGUCGAACUGUUCGAAACUUGUAAAAGAUGGAUCUUUUGAUUAUCGAAUGAAAAUGAGGAUUAACACA